UCGCGGGCUCAUGAGCCUAAACCACACUCAGUUUAUUCAUAUUUCUUAGGUCGUGAUUUUCUAUUGCCAAAUGCAUCCUACCGGUAUACUAUGAACAACGCUGUUCAGCUUUGGGACAAUCACCUCUCGGUGAUCACACGACCCACUCCCCAUGUUCAGUCGCCUAGGGAUGUCGUGGUGAAAAUAGCAUAUUCCGCAGUCAGUGGGACAGACUUGCAUGUUCUCGAGGGGAGAAUUGAUUGCGCGAAAUCUAUCAUUUUAGGUCACCAAUUCGUGGGGAUAGUCAAGGAAAUAGGCGCUGAUGUACAACACGUAUCUGUAGGCGACCGUGUUGUCAUCAACCCGCUCACAAGUUGUGGCAUCUGUGAUUUUUGUCUCAAAGGACAACCACAUCUUUGUAAAGUUGAAGGCAAAAACACAGCAAUUGGGAUCAAGCGUAACGGUGGAUGGGCCCAGUUCUGUCGCCUCUCUGCAAAAAAUGUUAUUCCCUUACCUCACCAAGUAACUUUUGAGCAAGCAUUAUUUUCAGAGCCUAUGUCCUGUAUCCUGCGUGGUUGGGACUUGCUAGUACCCCUCCAGACAGAUGCAGAAGUUCUGAUUUGUGGUGCUGGGAACUCGGGGUUGCUUUGGGCAUCCUUUCUUCAUUUUCGCGGCUACAGAGAAGUUGUCAUAUCGGAAGUACUUAAAGGGAGACAAAAAAUAGCUCAUGGUUUAAAUUUUGGGUUCCAGCUGGUUACUCCGGAUGUUCUUGUCUCAGAGGCCCGUAAUGCAAAACAAAACGAUGAUCAAGAGUGGGGAUUUGAUGUAGUGGUUGACUGCACUGGAGACCCAAAAUGCUUUGAGCAGAGUCUACAGUGGCUUCGACAGGGUGGGCGGUUACUGCUGUUUGGAACAUGCCCUCGCAAUGCUAAUGCUAGCAUAAACCCCAACCAGUUAUUACAAAAAGAACUAAAAAUCAUAUCCUAUCAAGGGAAUUCCUUCACCUUCACUUCGGGAAUACAAGUAUUACAAGAUAUGGGGAACCAUUAUCUAGCAUUCGAGAGGCUAGGUGUGCGUACUUUUCAGCUGCAGGAGUAUAUGGCUGCCAUAGAAACGAUGCGAAGUGGUGAAAUCUCCAAGGCAGUCUUUGAAUACUAGUAGACAAGCCAAUGUUUCUCACUUUUUACAUCACAAAAUUGAAAAAAAAAAACACGUUUUAAAUCAUACAGGGUAGUGUAAUUAUGUCACCUGUUAAUUUUUGCUCAAUUUUUUGCUCUCAUAAACUUGCAUUAGCACAAAUAAACAUUAUUUUUUACUAUGCCAGAAAAUAAACAGCCAUUUAGAAAACAGGAAGUGCAUAUUAUGUAUUUGGUUUUCUUUUUGCUGCUUGAGAACAAGUAGUUAUAUACACUAUAUUUUUGGCGUACAUGCUAGUGUGUAUACAGAGAAUUUCAUGCAUUUGUAUGCAUUUUUGGGGGUGUGCGACAUCUAUGUAAUGUGGAAGAAAUGGAGAAUCAUCACAUGUACUGUAUGCAUAUAUGUUUUUGACACAAGAAUGUUUUUGGACAAUAACAGAGACCAGUGUUUGGCCUAAUUCUCUCAAAGAUUGAUCCCUGUUAAGAUACAUUUUGUAUAACAACCACAAAAAUAGUUUAUUUGUACUAAAAUGGUAAUUUAUGAUAUUCUGUACAAAAUUAUAUACACAAAGUGCAAUUGAAAUAACUAUUUUGAAUCAUCCAUACUGCCAGCUUGGAUCUAAAAUAUUUUAGAAUUUUUCAAACGAAAAAAUCACCAGCUUCUAAAUAUAAACUUGAAGAAGCAAAUGUUAUUGGGAACUUAGGGUUGGUGAUGUAUUACACACUAAUACAAUACUAUUUUGCUUUAAAUUUUUGUAUUUUCUAUUAAAUCUUUUAAAAAAACAUGGUUAUAAAAAGGAUGAAAUUUAAUGUGCAAGCAAUAAAACUUUUAGCAUGAUUUAAACAAUGUUAUGUUAAAAAAAUUGUAUGCCACAAUAAAUAUCAGUCUUAGUUGUUCCAAA